AUGGGAGGCACGACGGCCGACGGCACCGAGAGAGCAGCCGACGGCGGCCAGAGGACGGCCGAGACGGUGGUGGGCGCUGGGAGCGUGCCGCUGUACCGGCCCUUCGCGUUCGCGGACCGGACGGACGCCGCGCUGAUGGCCGUGGGCGCAGUGGCCGCGGUGGCCAACGGGAUGGCGCGGCCGCUCAUGACCUUCAUCUUAGGCGACGUCAUCGACGCCUUCGGCUCCAGCGACUCCUCCAACGUCGUCCACAGGGUCGCCAAGGUAUCAUGUUGGACAAUUACUGGAGAAAGACAAGCAGCACGAAUCAGAGCCUUGUAUCUCAAGGCAAUUCUAAGACAGGAUAUUGCAUUCUUUGACAUGGAAAUGAGCACUGGACAAGCGGUUGAGAGGAUGGCAGGGGAUACAUUCCUAAUUCAAGAUGCCAUUGGAGAAAAGGUUGGGAAGUCCAUACAGCUCCUUUCUACUUUUGUUGGUGGCUUUAUUAUUGCAUUUGUGAGAGGAUGGCUCUUGGCCCUUGUUAUGCUCUCAAGCAUUCCUCCAACUGCCAUUGCUGGUGCGAUUGUUUCAAAGGUGAUGACAAGACUCUCCACCCGCAUGCAAGCAAAAUAUGGUGAUGCUGGGAAUGUUGUCGAACAAAUGCUUGGAGCAAUUAGAACGGUUGUGUCAUUCAAUGGUGAGAAGCAAGCUGUAAGAACAUAUAACAAGUUCAUAAGAAAAGCAUAUGAAUCUGCUCUACAAGAAGGUGCUGUAAAUGGACUUGGAUUGGGUUCUGUAAUGGCAAUCUUAUUUUGCAGUUAUGGGUUGGCCGUUUGGUAUGGAUCUAGACUGAUAGUUGAGCGAGGAUACAAUGGCGGCAUGGUUAUUUCUGUCAUAAUGGCUGUCAUGAUCGGCGCUUUGUCCUUAGGUCAGGCAACACCAUCAGUAACAGCUUUUGCUGAAGGUCAAGGAGCAGCAUAUAGAAUGUUCAAGACAAUUGAACGGAAACCCGAUAUUGAUAUAUAUGAUACCACAGGUGUCAUAUUGGAGGACGUAAAGGGUGACGUUGAACUGAAGAAUGUGUACUUCAGCUAUCCUACCAGGUCUGAACAUUUAGUAUUUGAUGGAUUCUCAUUGCGAGUACCAAAUGGCAUAACUAUGGCCCUAGUUGGGGAGAGUGGCAGUGGGAAGUCGACCGUGAUCAGCUUGGUGGAGAGGUUCUAUGAUCCACAGGCUGGAGAAGUUUUGAUUGACGGAGUUGACAUCAGAAGAAUGAACCUUGGAUGGAUAAGAGGAAAAAUUGGUCUCGUCAGCCAAGAACCAGUGCUAUUCUCCACUACAAUCAGGGAAAACAUUGCCUAUGGAAUGGAAAAUUUAACACUAGAAGAGAUCAAGGGAGCAACUGAGCUUGCAAAUGCUGCUAAAUUCAUUGAUAAGUUACCAAAUGGUCUUGACACAUUGGUUGGGGAACGUGGAACUCAAUUGUCUGGAGGGCAGAAGCAAAGAAUAGCUAUUGCUAGAGCAAUCGUAAAGAACCCUCGGAUCUUACUACUUGAUGAAGCAACCAGCGCAUUGGAUAUGGAAUCUGAGAGGGUAGUUCAAGAAGCUUUGAAUAGGGUAAUGUUAGAAAGGACUACAAUUAUCGUUGCUCAUCGCCUAAGCACAGUGAAGAAUGCUGAUGUGAUCUCUGUCCUGCAACAUGGGAAGAUGGUUGAACAAGGCUCACAUGUAGAACUAAUGAAGAUACCUGAAGGUGCUUACUCUCAGCUCAUACAUCUACAAGAGACACGACAAGGGGCAGAGUUUUCUAGUGUUGACCCUGAUAUCAUAGUAACAAAUGGUUUUGGCUCAAGAUCUACUAAUAGCAAACCAAGAAGCCAAAGUAUCUCCAGGCAGAGAUCAACUAGUAAAGGAUCUUCCUCUUUUGGGCAUAGUGGUAGGCACUCCUUCCCUGCUCCACUUCGCCUACCUGAUCCUAUGGUACUUAAUGGAUCUCCUGAUGUAGAGGAGACUACCGACAAAAUGACUAGAGCUCCAAAGAAAGCUCCAAUUGGUAGACUCUUCUAUCUGAACAAACCAGAAGCUUUUGUUCUUGCACUUGGUUCUAUAACUGCUGCGAUGCAUGGAGUCAUUUUUCCAAUAUAUGGCACAUUAAUUUCAACCGCGAUAAAGGUGUUUUAUGAGCCACCGGCAGAACUACUUAAGGACUCCAGGUUCUGGGCAAGCAUGUUUGUUGUGCUGGGUGCUUGUGCAUUUGUUCUUAUUCCAAUAGAAUACUUCCUAUUUGGAUUAGCUGGUGGGAAGCUUGUGGAGCGCGUGCGAUCACUGACAUUCCAAAGUGUAAUGCGCCAAGAGAUCAGCUGGUUUGAUAAACCUGAACACUCAAGUGGAACAAUUGGUGCAAGGCUGUCAACUGAUGCUAUGAAUGUUAGGCGACUUGUUGGGGACAAUUUAGCACUUAAUGUUCAGACUGUAUCCACUGUCAUAUCAGGCUUCACAAUAGCAGUAGUUGCAAACUGGAAGCUGGCAUUGAUUAUCACUGUGGUGGUUCCUUUUGUGGGUUUCCAAGGCUAUGCCCAAAUGAAGUUCCUUAAAGGUCUCAACAGAAAUGCAAAGUUGAAGUAUGAAGAAGCGAGUCAAGUAGCUACUGAUGCAAUCGGCGGCAUCAGAACUAUAGCAUCGUUUUCUGCUGAGAAGAAAGUGAUGGACGCCUAUGAGAAGAAAUGUGAAUCUCCCAUAAAACAAGGAAUAAGGGAAGGCAUUGUUGGUGGCUUGGGGUUUGCCUUCUCAUUCCUUGCCUUCUACUUUACAUAUUCUCUGUGCUUCUAUGUUGGUGCCAAGUUUGUUCAGCAAGGAACGGCAACAUUUCCUAAAGUGUUUAGGGUCUUCUUUGUAUUAGUUUUAGCAACUAGCGGAAUCUCGCGAACAAGUGCAAUUGGCGCAGACAGCACCAAGGCUAAUGAUGCGGCUGCAUCUGUCUUCGAAAUUCUUGACCAGGAAUCUAAGAUCGACUAUAGCUGUGAGGAUGGUAUCACCAUCACAAGUGUGAGGGGUGAAAUUGAUUUCCAGAACGUGUGCUUCAAGUAUCCGUCACGACCAAAUGUUCAAAUCUUCAAGGAUCUAUCAUUGAGCAUUCCUUCUGGAAAGACUGUUGCACUAGUUGGGGAGAGUGGAAGUGGCAAGUCCACAGUGAUCGCACUACUUGAAAGGUUCUAUGAUCCAGACUCCGGUAAAAUCCUCUUUGAUGAUGUGGAACUUCAAGCCCUCAAAGUUAGCUGGCUUCGGCAGCAAGUUGGACUAGUUUCGCAAGAGCCCGUACUAUUCAAUGACACCAUCCGCUCCAACAUAGCUUAUGGGAAUCAAGGGGAGGCAUCUGAAGAAGAGAUUGCUGCUGCUGCUGAAGCAGCCAAUGCACAUCAGUUCAUAUCUGCUUUGCCUGACGGGUGGGCAGAAGCAGCGUGUAGCCAUCGCGCCAUCAUCAAGGAUCCCAAGGUGCUCCUGCUAGAUGAGGCAACAAGUGCUCUAGAUGCAGAGUCAGAGCGAGUGGUGCAAGAGGCGCUGGACCAAGUGAUGGUUGGUAGAACGACCAUGGUGGUAGCACAUUGCUUGUCAACAAUCAGAGGUGCAGACAUCAUUGCUGUCCUCAAGAAUGGGGCAGUAGCCGAGAAAGGCAAGCAUGAAGAGUUGAUGCGGACAAAGGAUGGAACAUAUGCUUCGCUUGUUGAGCUAAGCUCUAGCUCUUCAUGA